AUGGUUUGUGAUCGAACUAUAUUUCGUUCAACAGUACAAAAUCUAUUUUUUGUUGGUUAUAUGGUUGGAUCAAUAUUUUUUGGAAUUAUGGCUGAUAAAUAUGGUCGUCGUCCUAUCAUGAGUAUUUGUAUAAUAUUAAUGGCUUGUACGGGAUUUAUUUGUGCUUUUUUUCCACAAAAAAACAUAUUUGGAUUUUGGCCAAGUUAUUUAGUUUAUACAAUAAGUCGUUUUAUAUUGGCUUGUUCAACAAGAGGUAUUGCUGUUACUGGAUUUGUAUUAGCAACAGAAUUAGUUGGUCCAAAAAAUAAAUUUUUAACAGCAAUUAUUGUUCAAUAUUUUUUUGCUUUUGGUCAAUUAUUCUUAGUUGCUUUUGCUUAUUUUAUUCGUGAAUGGAGACGUUUAACCAUAACUUUAUCGAUAUUUACAAUACCAUUUACAUUUUUUUAUUUUGUAUUACCAGAAUCAGCGAGAUGGAUGAUAAGUAAAAGACAUUAUAAAAAAGCAGAAAAUUUACUUCGAAAGAUUGCUGAAACAAAUAAACGAACGUUUGAUGAAGAAAUGUUUCAACAAUUAAUAAACACACAAGAAAAAAAUACAACAGACAAGCAAUUAGAAGUCGGUGUUUUAGCAUUGUUUCAAUCAAAAAUUAUGUGUAUCAUAUCAAUUAAUUUAUUUUUUCAAUGGUUUGUACAAAAUUUAGUUUUCUAUGGAAUUUCUCAAAGUACUGGUUCUUGGGGAUUUAAUCCUUAUUUAUCAUUUACAAUCUCAGCAUGUGUGGAAAUACUAUCUUAUAUAGUAUUACAUCUUGUGCUUAAUCGUAUUGGACGAAAACGACCAUAUUUUAUUGCUGUUUUUUGUUUUGCAAUAAUUGCAUUAUUAACAAUUCCGGCUCAAAAUAUAAUGUUAAAAAAUAGUCAAAGACAAAAAGUACUCAUAUUUUUAAUGAAUCUAUUAUUAAAGUUUUUUGCAGCUGGUAGUUAUGCUAUUAUUUACAUAUAUGCCAAUGAAUUAUUUCCAACAGGAAUAAGAAAUACUGGAAUGGGUAUUUGUUCAAUGGUUGCACGAAUUGGAGCAAUUGUUGGAACAACAAGCAAUGAUAUUUUAACUCGAUUGUGGGUUAAUCUACCAACUGUUUUGUUUGGUAUUUUAUCACUUUUCGCAGCUUUUCUUGUUUUAAUGUUACCUGAAACAUUGAAUAGAACCUUACCACAAACUAUUGAAGAUACUGAACAAAUGGGAUUAACUUGCACUUGUGUUCGUGACAAUCAACGAACAUCAAAACAGGACGGACAAACUAAUAUUAAGAAGGAUGAUGAUUUAAAUGAAGAUCAAUUAUUGAAUGAAAGUUUAAAGAGAAUCGAUGAUUCUUAA